ACCCUGCAAUGGCAACAUCAAUUACUUGCUUCAGCAAGAGUUGGUCUUAGAAUCUGUCAGUAUCAACGACGUGUGUAACAACUGCUUUUUUUCCACGCGACGGUAUAUCAUCGAAAUGAUUCAAACCCCGUUUCGCUCUCUCACUAACCCAACCCAAGUUCUUCUUCCGCCUUCUUCUUCUUCUUCUUCUCCUUCUUCCCUCAGAUUCUCGUCGACCCUCUUCUCCUUCAGAGGGUUUUCUCUUUCUUCGGUUACUCCGAAACACAAAAGUCCGCUUUUGUCACCUUUGAAAUCGUCGAUGGCGGAGUCCCAGAAGAGCAAUGCGGUUGUCGAGGUCUUCGAAAAAGAGGAGCUUCCGGUGUCUCUGGCCAAAUACGUCGCUGAUGUCUCCAACAAGUUCACCACUGAAAGAGGCGCUUUCACCGUUUGCUUGUCCGGUGGCUCUCUCAUCAGUUAUCUCAGGAAAUUGCUGGAACCACCUUAUGUUGAUUCUCUUGAAUGGUCUAAGUGGCAUGUGUUUUGGGUGGAUGAGAGAGUAGUGCCCAAGACUCAUGAAGAUAGUAACUACAAACUUGCUUAUGAUGGAUUGCUAUCCAAGAGCUGAGGGGGCGGCUGAGGAUUACGAGACAUGUCUCAGACAGUUGGUCAAGAAUGGUGUGAUAGCUUCAUCAUCAGUCACCGGAUUCCCCAAAUUUGAUCUCAUGCUGCUUGGUAUGGGUCCAGAUGGCCAUGUAGCAUCUUUAUUCCCAGGGCAUCCUCUUUUGAAGGAGAAUAAAAAGUGGGUUACCUUCAUCAAGGACUCCCCAAAACCGCCCCCGGAGCGUAUAACUUUCACUUUUCCAGUGAUCAAUUCCUCUGCUUACACUGCACUUGUGGUGACCGGUGCUGGAAAAUCGGACGCAGUUCACUCUGCGCUGCGCGGAUCUCAAAAUUCUCCUAAGCUUCCUGUUGCAAUGGUUUCACCCGAAGGAGAGUUGAAAUGGUUCUUAGACAAGGGUGCAGCCUCAAAGCUGUAGAUCCUGCAGUGUUGAUCAUGUAUUGUUCUUGUGUAUUUUGCCUUUGAAGUUGAUCAAUGUUUUCACAUUAACGUAAACGGAAUAAUACUUUUUUCUCUCUUAAUAAUGAGGAGACAUAGAAGGAGAUAGAAAACCUUGCAGCUCUUCCAAAUGAUGUGAAGCCAAUAAGAAUGGUGGCCGCCAACUUUGAUGGCUGCUCAUAACUUUGUAUUUUGACCAAAGAAGAGAAAGCUUCCUGUUACUUGCAUCGUUUGAGGAAGCGUAUUGCAGAAUGGUAAUGUGAAAAUUUAGUAAAAGUAAUCUUUUCCAAA